AUGGAUGGGGAAGCUGAAGACUUCAACCUCCAGUGGGAGGAAGAAGUUGAAGUAAAGAAAAUGUUUGCUUUCCAGCCAGGCCCAGGUGUCGGUGGAGCGGAAGAAGUGAUUACAGGUUUAGAAAACAUGCAACACACACAUUUUGGAUCGUUGAAAGUUGAAAAUCAGAUAUAUCCGCAGACAUCUGAAGAAAUGAUGAGUACGGACCAAAUGGCAGCGGAAAACUUAAUGUUUUUGUCUCAAGAUGUAGUCAAUUACACAGAGACAGCUGAACUAGCUGAUGAUCCCAGUGUAGAGUGUGUCACUGAAGAAGUCAUCACAGAUGAUUGGGUGAUACCCGGUGGUCAAGAAAGGUACCAAGUUGAAGUUCCUAUGGAUCAUUUAAAUCACCCUGAUUUGGUAUUAAAAGAAGAAAAUGAACUUGAUGUUCCCUUGCCAACAGACCAGGAUGAAUACACAGCGAUGCGGCCGUGGCCGUGCGACUUCUGUUCACGGAGGUUCCGUAAGAAGGCCGCGUUAAUGAACCACAUGGUUGCUCAUCAGAAUGAUCGACCGCACGCCUGCAAUCUAUGCGGCGUGCGAUAUGUACGCAAGUGCGAUCUCAUGAACCAUCUCAAAGUCCACGCCUAUGUGCCUGAUAACCCCGAUUCCAUAGAUUAUGAUGUUCUAGACAAUAACCAAAUCGUAAAACCAAAGAAGAAACGAGGCCGACGGAAAAAGAAUCCUGAGCCAGUGGAAGAAGAGAAUGGUAUGUGGGAGAACAUGACGUCAGCGCGCACGCAGCAAUGGUCGCGGCGCGCUCGGUCCCCGGCGCGACCGCCCCCCUCCCCCCCGUCCCCUGCGUCCGAGCCCCCGCCCCCCUCGCCGCCGCCGCCCCCCACGGACCCCUCACGACCCUUCGUCUGUCGCCACUGCGGGGUCGGCUUUGCCAGGGAAAAGGCCCUACAGUCACAUGCCAGGGUCCACGGCGGUGACUCCCCAGUGGAGUGCUCGUCGUGUGGCGAGUUGUGUUGGUCGCGGGAAGCACUGGCCACACACAUGCAACAGAGACAUCCACAUCUACCGCCGCGGACUGAACAACAGGAACAACCAUUCGAAGACUCCGACUCUGGUGACGAUAUGGAGUUCCGUUUGUCUCCUCUGUCCCACGGCGGAGGCGAGCGUGCAGUGUACGACACGAUGCGAGGGCCCGAGCUGUUCUGUCAGGACUGCGGCGUCGCCUUCCAAAGGGCAGACCUACUUAGGAGACACGUAGCCGCCGCCCACAGUUCGAGCAGUACGUGGGCGGAGCACACGUGCGACGUGUGCGGCGAGGGGUUCACGGACGCGCUGCAGCUACUGGCGCACGCCGAGGGACACGCCGAGAGACAUCGCGCGCCCUCCGCCGCGCCCAGAUUAAAAAGAAUGUCUAGAGGUCGAAAUAAUGCAGCGUCAUCGAAUAUUGCUCGUCAAUUCCCAUGCAGAGUGUGUGGUAAAGUUUUCGGUUCACGGAGUUCGCAACAGAUUCACAUCCGGAUCCAUACCGGCGAACGACCGUACGCGUGUCGUUUCUGUUGGAAAGCCUUCGCAGACGGCGGCACUCUACGGAAACAUGAGAGAAUACAUACAGGAGAGAAGCCAUACGCGUGCGCCGUGUGUCCGCGCGCGUUCAACCAACGAGUCGUGCUCCGGGAACAUGUCCGCUCACACCACUCCGCGCCCGACCGACGCGCCAACGGUGGUCCCGCGUAUUGUUGCGUAGUAUGUGGGCGCACUCUACACUCCAGCGCAGAGCUCGUGCAACAUCUCAUACAACACUGCGACGCAAACACCGCGCUCAAGAGGCAACCACAGACGGGCCCACGAAAAUAUAAGAGGCGGCGAAAAUUAAAGACAGAACAAUCUCCCGCAACUCCUCGUGAUUGGGAACGUAACUCGCCCUCCCCGCCGCCCGUGUCUCGGUCGCCGUCGCCCGCCUCGCACGGCUCCGACCACCUGGUGGCGUCCCCCGCGCCCCCCUCCCCGCCGUCGCCCGCGUCCCCCGCGCGGCGCAGGCGGCGGCGCGGGCCGGGCGCCGCGCGGCCGCGCAUGAUCCACACGGAGGAGCCCGCCAGCAGCCGGCCCCGGCGCCGCGCGGCCGCCCGCGCCGCCACGCCGCCGCCCCGCGAGCGCAGCGCCCGCCAGCGCCGGCCGCCGCGCCACCCGGCCGACGACCUGCGCGCCAUGCAGAACGCCGGGGAGGCCAGUGAAGCGAGCGAGGCCGAGACGAGCACGGGAGGUCCGUUUAAAUGCGAGAUGUGUGCGCUAGAGUUCCCCCGGCGUGACGCGCUACUACUGCACGUGCCGGUACACAUUUGA